UUGGGCGCGUGGUGGGGCGCGAGGCAUGGCGGAGGCGGCCCUGCCAAACUCAGGUGUCUUAAAUCCAGAUGCAACUGAUUUUGUUCCAAGAGAAAGACAAAUUUUCAAUCCAAGUUGGAGCAAUCAAUCCAGGCUGGAAUUUGAUUGUGAUUCAAGCAGAAAUUCUUUACCUUCUUCUGUUCAACCUAGGCAUAGUAAAUGUGAAGAUUCAGUUACAGAUCAUAAUACUUUCUACAGCCCAGAAAGCCAGCAUGGAUGUCAGCCAGAUUCUUCACGAUCUCACAGUAUUGGUAAAACUAAAAGCAGUAACAUACAUAGUCAGCGGUGGCAAAGAUCAAGGAAUGAUCGAACACAUGGGAAAAAUCAAACGAAGCAAAUACCUGCAGGGAGCACAGAGGAUUCUACAUGUUUAGGCACUAGAUUAAUUGUAGGGCGUAGGAUGAAUCAUAGAGAAUACAGCGAUUUCUCUUCAGACAGUGAAAAAGAAACUGCUACUGCAAAUAACAGAGGAGCAAAGCCGAAGAAGACAUAUUUGAUGCAUUCACGUGGAAGAGGAUUGAAAGAAAAAGAGAAACAUUCAUCUGAGAGGGAAAAAAGAAUAUCAACUAAAUGGAAAGAAAAGGCUUUUGAAAAUAUUCCAGCAGUAGAUCCGACCCAGUCAGAUUCAUCUGAAACAUCUCUUGGAAAAACAGUAUCUGAUGGCUUUUCUGACAAUAGCAUUGCAAGAAGAAAAUACCCUUUUGCAAACAGGCAUUUUAGAGAAUCUGCAUGGAAUAAAGAAACUGGCAAAAAGCAAGAUACAUCCAGAAGUAAAAAUGCAAAACACGUUAAGAAUGCAUCUCUUCCACAUCCUCCCAGAGAACGCACCAGUGAGAAGAGGAAAGAAUCUGUAUUGCAUGAAAGAGGUCCAAACUUAGUGAGUGCGGCAGAGACACAGUCGUUCUGUGAAGCAGCUACACGUGAUGGGAGGAAACCACUUCUUCAAGAAGGAUAUAAAAACAGACGCUGGAAAAAGCAAAUUGAUGCACCAAAGAGCAAAGAAACUCAUACAGGGUCUCUGAUAGAGCAGCUUACCUCAGAAAAAUAUGAAUGUAUGGUAUGUUGUGAAGUGAUCCGUGUGGUAGCCCCAGUUUGGAGUUGCCGGAAUUGCUAUCAUGUUUUCCACUUAAGCUGCAUUAAGAAGUGGGCAAGAUCUCCAGCAGCACAGACAGAAGAUGGUAACUGUGGCUGGCGGUGCCCUGCGUGUCAAAAUGUUUCAUCACAGGUUCCUAGUAUUUAUACCUGUUUUUGUGGUGAGUGUUUUUCUAAUUAG